AUGUUAAAGCCUCAAAAUAGACGCGCGAAAUCAAAGCGGCUUCAAGAAGCAGAAGUUGAGAAAGUAAAAUUUGCACAAGCAAGCGCAUUUGCAGCUGCAGCUGUUGCGAAUGCUGCAGCAAGUAGUACUUCAAAAACUUACAUUCCUUUCGCUUAUAAUCCUCACUGGUAAUU